UUUUUAAAGCAAAAAAAAAAAAAAAAAAAAACUAAAACACUUUUCAAGCUUUCAUUUGGAGACUGAUGGAUUCAUCAAAAUAUACCGUACUACUUGUAUUAUUUUUAGCAAUAACAUGUUUGUGUCAAGUGUCAUGGGCAGGGAAUGAAGCAUAUGCAGAGGUUGUGAGGGGUCAAUGUGGUUACACAAGAUAUCCAACAUUGUGUGGCCAAACUUUGACAAGAUUAGGAUCAAAGGAUCCAAAUGUUGAUUUUUUGUCACUUCUUGUUAAUGAGACCAUCUCACAGACCAAGAUGCCUCGAAUUCAAUCAUUUGCCUCUAACUCCAUCUCCCCCAACUACCAACUCAUCCAAACUUCCAUGGACUACUGCCACGAGCUCAUGGAGAUGUCUCUGAAUCGGCUGAACCAAGCAAUGGAACUAAUAAAAAAAUCUCCCAAAACCCACAAAUCCGACAUCCAAACAUGGCUGAGCGCAGCCCUCACCUUCCAAGAAACCUGCCGAGACGCCAUCCAAGACGGUCACUCGCAGGCUCAGGCGGCCGAGAUGUACAACAAAAUCGACCAUCUCUCCAAACUCACCAGCAACUCCCUGGCCCUAGCCAACCGCAUCACGCGGAAGGGGCGGAGGCUUCUCCAAGGGGGAGAUUUCCCGGCGUGGGUGUCGGCCGCGGACAGGAAGCUGCUGCAGAGCAAUGCGGUGAAGGCGAACGCGGUGGUGGCAAAGGACGGGAGUGGGGAUUUCAAGAGUGUUGGAGAGGCGAUCAACGCUGCCGGAGGAGGGCGGUAUGUGAUAUAUGUGAAGGCCGGGACUUAUAAUGAGAAAAUCAGUACGAAUAAAGAUGGGAUCACCUUGAUUGGCGAUGGCAAAUAUGCUACCAUCAUCACUGCUGGGACAAGUGUGGGGAAGGGGGCUUCACUCAAGGGCUCCGCCACUUUUACCGUGCACGGCGACGGAUUCAUAGCUCGGGACAUCGGGUUCGAGAACACGGCAGGGCCGGAGGGGCACCAGGCCAUCGCCCUGGCAGUGGCCUCGGACCGGUCCGUCCUGUACCGGUGCAGUAUCUCGAGCUACCAAGACACCCUCUACGCCCUCUCCCUCCGCCAGUUCUACCGCGAGUGCGACAUCCGCGGCACCAUCGAUUACAUCUUCGGCAACGCUGCAGCCGUCUUCCAGAGCUGCAGCCUCAUCUUCCGCCGCCCCCGCUCCGGCGCCUCCUUCAACGCCAUCCUCGCCAACGGCCGCACCGACCCGGGCCAGAACACGGGCUUCUCCGUCCAUAACUGCAGGAUCACCGUCGGCUCCGACUUCUCCACUUCCAAGAGCUCCUUCGGCCUUUAUUUGGGGCGGCCGUGGAAGGCGUAUUCCAGGGCCGUCGUGAUGCAGAGCAACAUCGCCGGCGAGGUCUCCCGCCGGGGAUGGAUCGAGUGGGAGGGCUCCAGUGGCUCCACCUACAAGACGUUGUAUUUUGCUGAGUAUGGGAACAUGGGGCCCGGGGCGGCCACAGCCGGAAGGGUCAGCUGGCCCGGGUUUCAUGUUAUUACGACGCCGGAUGCUACCAAAUUUACGGUGGCUAACUUCAUCGGCGGCACUUCUUGGCUGCCUUCAGCCGGCGUCCCGUUUGACGCCGGCCUAUAAAAUAAUUACUGCUACUAAAACUUGAAAAUACAAUAAGAUCAAAAGAGGAACUGUAAAAAAUAUACCUAGUUGUGACCACUAAAUCUGUGAUUGGGUUUGUGUGUGGGAUGUCUAUAUACUUGACAUGUACAGCAUGUUAUUUGAAAUUUCUAGUACGAACUGUGAAAAGUUCGAAUUUGUGUUCCAAGGUUA